GCCGCUUGCCUCCGGUUAGAGCACGGAACGCUGGGAACUACCAUUUGCUGUGUCGCUGCACCUCCCGGGAAUUGUAGUUUCCCUGGGGCCGCAGUGCAAGCUGGGACUGCAGAGCUCGGUGGGAGAAGAGUACGACGGGAUCCGUAGUGCCGCGAGACAUGCUGGGAUAUGUGGAAUUUGGUUUACGCGCUGCGGGCGGGGCUUGACUUGAGAUCGCUCCGAGUGUCCCCCUGGGGCUGGGGCGGACGGGCUCCGGGUGCCGGCUGGCCGCGGGCGGGAUGUACCACAGCAGCACGCAGAGGCGGCACUGGACCUUCCGCAGCGAGGAGGAGCUGGCCCGCAGCCGGGCCGACGCCAACCGCAAGUUCCGCUGCAAAGCGGUGGCCUGCGGAAAGGCUCGGCAGAGCGACUCGCUGCUUCUGGAGCCCCGGGAGGAGUUGGCAAUCUGUAAAUAUUAUGAGAGGAAACUGCUGGAUUUCUGCUCCGUGUUCAAACCUGCCAUGCCCAGAUCCGUGGUGGGAACAGCUACUAUGUACUUCAAACGUUUUUACCUCAAUAACUCAGUGAUGGAGUAUCACCCUCGAAUAAUAAUGUUAACAUGUGCAUUCUUGGCAUGCAAAGUAGAUGAAUUUAAUGUGUCCAGUGCACAGUUUGUUGGUAACCUUCGAGAGAACCCUCCAGGUCAGGAGAAGGCUCUUGAACAGAUCUUGGAAUAUGAAUUACUACUUAUUCAGCAGCUGAACUUCCAUCUUAUAGUGCACAACCCUUAUAGACCAUUUGAGGGAUUUUUAAUUGAUUUGAAGACUCGUUAUCCAUUGCUGGAGAAUCCUGAGGUCUUGAGGAAAACAGCUGAUGACUUUCUCACCCGAGUAGCUCUGACAGAUGCCUACCUUCUGUUUACACCUUCACAAAUAGCUCUCACUGCCAUCUUAUCUAGUGCUUCCAGGGCAGGAAUUAAUAUGGAAAGCUAUUUAUCCGAGUGUCUUGCACUGAAAGAAAACAGAACAUCUCUGUCCCAGUUACUAGAUGGAAUGAAAUGCAUGAAAAAUCUCAUAAAGAAGUAUGAACCACCUCGGCCUGAGGAGGUUGCCGCUCUAAAGCAGAAGUUAGAGAAAUGUCACAGCUCAGAACUUGCUCUUAAUGCAAAUGUAAAGAAGAGGAAGGGCUAUGAAGAUGAUGAAUAUAUUACAAAAAAAUCUAAAAUGGAUGAGACAUUGCCAAGGCAUGAGGAUGCAGGUUCUCUGGGAAGAACUCUCCAUUAUUAAGUUGGGGGAAGGACACUUUCCAGGAAGAAUGGACUGAUGAUGAUCUUGUAGAUUCACUGUAAUUUUAAGAAGAUGGCACCUGGCAGAACUUUGAGAACUACUUGUUAUCCACCUCCUGCAUCAUGUUGGAUUCUCAUUUGUAAAAACUUUCUCUAGCUAACAACUUAUGGCAGGUUCCCAGUUUGUCAUGGGAUACAGAAGAACUGCCUCUUUAUAAAAAUUUGAUUUGUAUUUUAUUUAAAUAUGAUUAGUCACAAACAUGAUUUUCUAUACAUUUGUUUUGGAAAGAGAGAGCAUUCUAGAAUCAGACAUGCACUUUCCUGAAGAGAGAUUUUCAUGUCUGACUCUUAAUCUUGCUUGACCUGUUAAUGCAUUAACACUUGAUGGCAAGUGGGUGAUGAAGUAUAUACUAUGUCAUUUCUGAUUGGCAGCAUUACCCAUCAGUUUUUCAGGAUCACUAGAAAAUCAAAAGUGUACCUCAGUGAUGUGCAAGAAACACCUGUAAAGUGAGGGGAGCUGGGCCAAUGUCAUAAGCUGCCUACAGGUGCACAUAGAAGCCAAGCUGUAGUGCUUUGAAAUAUGGUGGGGGAGGCUAAAGUGUAGCUGACAUGUACCAGGACUAGCCUAGUUUUGUGAAGUCAAAUUAGCACAGCUACAGGGCACCCUGUACUUUAGACCUCCUUUGUCCCUCUCAAGUGCACUGUUCAGAUGAGAGGUUUAGCUUCCUUCACCUUGUGGAAGAGGAAGGAGGUGAAAGUCAUGCCAUUCAACAGCUCUGGGUACCUGUAGCCUAAAUGUAUCUGGCACCUGUAAGACCUUUUCCUCCUAUGACCAGCAGCUGAAACAUCCUUGUACAGGGGGAGAAAAUACCAAAGAAAACCCAGCACAGUAGCCUUUAACUUCAGAAAGGGGAACUACACAAAAAUGAGGCAGCUAGUUAUACAGAAAUUAAAAGAGAGUCACAAGAGUGAAAUGCCUUCAAGCUUCAUGGGAAAUUUUUUAAAACACCAUCAUGGAGGCUCAACCUAUAUGUAUACCCUAAUAAUAAUAAUACAGGCCAGAGAACCAAAAAACCAUCACUAAACAGAAAAAGAGGCAAUAAGAGAUAAAAAAAUAAUCCUUUAAAAACUCAGUCAAAUCGUACUAAGGAAAAUAGAAAGGAGCAUAAACUCUGACAAGUUAAGUGUAAAGCUAUAAUUAUGCCAAAAAAGAACUUGAAGAGCAACUAGUGAGACACAAAAAUUAACAGCUAAUUUUUUUUUAAAAGUACAACAGAAUCAGGAAAAAUUGCUUAACAAUCCUUGCAUCCACUGGACGAUUGAGGCGCUAAAGGAGCACGUAAGGAAGACAUAGGCUUUUGUGGAGAAUCUAAAUGAAUUCUUUGUAUUGGUCUACACUGCACUAAAUGUGAGGGAGAUUCCCACACCUAAGCUAUUCUUAUUAGGUGACAAAUCUGAGGAACUAUCACAGACUGAGGUUUCAAUAGCUGAGGGUAUUGGAACAAACCAAUAUAUUAAUGAGUAAUAAGUCACCAGGACCAGACUGUAUUUACCCAAGAAUUCACCAGGAGCUUCAACAUCAAAAUGAAGACUUACUCACUGGUAUGUAACCUAUCCCUUAAAUUAGCCUCUGUACCAUAUGACUGGAAGAUAGCAAUGUGAUGCCUAUUUUUAAAAAGGGCUCCAGAAGUGAUCUUGGCAAUUAUAGGCCAGUAAUCCUAACUUCAGUACCAGGCAAACUGGUUGAAACUAUAAGAACAGAGUAAUCAGAGACAUAGUUGAACACGAUAUGUUGGGGAGAGUCAAUAUGGCUUUUGUAAAGGGAAAUCAUGCCUCACUAAUCUAUUAGAAUUCUUUGAGGGGUCCAAUAAGCAUGUGGACAAGUGUGAAACAGUGAAUAUAGUAUACUUGGACCUUUAGAAAGCCUUUAAUGAGGUCCCAAACCAAAGGUUCUGCAGCAAAGUAGGGAGACAUGGGAUAAAAGGGAAGAUCCUCUCAUAGAUUACUAACUGGUUAGGAUAGGAAACACAGGAUAAGAAUAAAUGGCCAGGUUUCACAGUGAGAGGUAAACAGCAGGGCCCUCAAGGAUCUGUACUGGGACCAGUACUGUUCCAACAUAUUCAUCAAUGAUCUGGAAAAAGCAGUAAACAGUGAGGAGGCAAAGUCUUCAGAUGAUUCAAAAUCACUCAAGAUAGUUAAGACCAAAGCUGACUGCAAACAGCUACAGAGGAAUCUCACAACUGGGGAGCAAAAUGGCAGACAAAAUCCAGUGUUGAUAAAUGCAAGGUAAUGAACAUUAGAAAACAAUCCCAACUAUCAAUACAAAAUGACAAGGUUUAAAUUAGCUGUUACUACUCAAGAAAGAUCUUGAAUUCACUGUGGAUAGUACUCUGAAAACAUCUGCUCAGUGCUAAUGAGACAAAAUAUUAUGCCUCUAUCAGGGAUGGGCAAUAAUUUUCAUUGGGGGGGGAGAGGCACUCCAUGAAUUUGGCAUCAUUGGCCACACAUUUCUACUAUAUUAAUGG